GGUCCCCAGGAAAGGGGUUUCCUGCCCCACCCAAGGGAGGGUGGAGUUGAACAGGGAGAGAAGCAGCUGCAGAGGAGACUGAGAAAAGGUAGGAAGCAGGAUGAAGAGCCAGAAAGAGACUUGGAGGAGGCACUGGAAGCUGAGAGACAUGUGAAGAAACCGCUUGCCUUUUGGUCGUGGCCUGGGUGACACAGAUGUGGAAAAUUUCAGGCAUUCAUUCUAAACUCCGGUUCAGAAAGUCUAGUUCUGAUGAUAGACCUAUUGUCUAUCAUCCCGAACAAGCCAAAAGAGUAACAUAUCAAGAUUAUCAUCUGCUGGAUUGUUUUCUUAACCAGUUUUCCUCGUCUCCCCACAGCACAGGCAUGUUAAUAGCUACGAUAGCCUCCCCAGAGACGACUCACAGGGACUUGGCAUGGGAUGUCUCAGAAAAGACCAUUGAGAACUUUAAUGACGCCCUCCAAGUUUCUGGUCAGUUGUCAGCAGAUGCUAUCCUCCAAACCUCUCAAGAUGCUGAAAUCAAAAUCUACGAGGGUGCAACUGCAGAGACCCCUCCUUUCAUCCCUUUCUCUCUCCAGCUUCUGGACACGUGGCUGAAUUCCCAGAAGGACAGCGAGCGGGAGCGGGCCAUGUGGUGCACCGCCCGGAUUCUGGGCUUCAUUGCAAAGAUGAAGGACUUUGAUAAUAAAAUCGAGUUCACCCGGCUGGGACGCCUGGUGAGGCUUCUGGCCAUGCGCUGCCAGGACCCUGUGGACAACAUCUGCUUCCUGUCCGCCCAGGCUGUCUACAACCUCUACUGUAUCCUCUUGCGGCAAAAGCAGAUGGCAAGGAAGAAAGAGGGCUUGUGGGAAGAGGACAGCAAGAGUGGCAUCUAUAGUGCCCACGUGUUCUAUAACAGCACCUUUGAGAUCGCCAAGGCAUUUGCAGAGUACUUCACUAAGAUCCAGGUCACCACCUUGGUGCUGACGGCCAUAGAGGGCCUGACCGACAGCCGGGCCAAGGUGUCUCUGGCGCUAGCCCAGCUGAUGAGCGCUGUCCUGAAAGAGCGGGGCAAAGACGUGAUAAAGAUUGAGGAGGUUGUGGAGGGCAUCCUUGAGCGGCUCAAUUCACAGCUGGAGCCCAACACGAAGGAGGAGACCCUGCAGGCCAUGUGCUGGUUGGCAGGCAGCAACACCCACACCGUGGUGCCCAUGCUGCUCAACAAGCCCCUGCCUUGGGAUAGAACCAUUCUGAAUGUGUGGAAGGCAUUUGGCACCCUGCGGGAGAGCACAAUCAGCAUCCUGUUGCUGCUCAUAAGCAUUCUGGAAAAGCCGCACCCCAAAGAGGAAACCUUGGAGAUGGCCUUCCAGUCUGUGGCGGUGGCAUGUGCCUUGUGUGAGAUGUUUUCGGGGUCCUUGUGCCAGGAGGUUAUCCAGGAAUUCUACCCCCGCCUAUUGCUGGCUGUCCUGUAUCAUCUCCACUGGGUGAUUGAACAAAAUGCUGCCCAGAAGAUGGUGGUGUACAACAAGGAGGGGUACCUGGGCUCUAAGAGCAACUCCUUGGACCCCACCAGUUGUGCUCUGGAGGUGGUGAAGCUGGUGAUACUCGCAGCUGCAUAUGAUGGAGUGGUGAACUAUGCAGACCUUCAUCACUCCUGGGACCUUCUGUCCUCCCCCAGUCUUUACCACAUUGGGAUCAUGGACCUGACCAGUGGUAUUGUGAUAAGCUGUGAGCCAGCCGUUCUGCACCGAAUCCUGAACCUCGUCAGGAACCUCCUGUACAACCCAGAUAAUCACUGGAAGAUCCUAGCCAGAGCCUUCUACGCACAGCUGCUCUGGCACCGGUCAGUGGCUCAGACUCUGGGGCAGGAAUUUCUGGGCAAUCUGGUCAAGUGGAUCAAGGAGCCCAAUCUUACGAUGAAAGAAAUUGGCCUCCGUGGAAUCGGCAACCUGGCACUGCACCCAAAGCAGUCAGAGUCUCUGCAAAGCCUGGCUCCAUUCUUGCGAAACUUCCUGAAGAGUGAGGUACGAGUGACAGUGCAGGCCGUGAAGACUUUGCGGAACAUCAUCUGCCACGGGAAGGGGAUGGAGGCCAAGGUCGUCUUUUGCAGCAUCUCCAAGCAACUGCGUCCACUCAUUAAUGAUGAGAGGGACGAGGUGAGGAUCGCAGCCACCUCUGCUCUGGGUCACAUGCUACGUCAAGUGGGCAAAUUUAAGCCUGGAUCCUCCAUCCAAAAAGAGAUUUAUACCUUUCUCGUCCCCCUGCUGCUCAGCAUCCAGGACACCAACAUCGAGGUGAUUAAGGCCUGUGGAGGAGCCCUGACCGAGUGGACUAAGGUGAUUGUCUGGUCGUCACUCACGGAGGCCUUCCGGCACACCACCCUCAGCGACCACAUCCACGUGUUGGAAGAAACUUGCAAGUACCUGGUGGGCACAGGCAAAUUGCAGCUCGUGGGGGACUUACUGUCCCAGAGCUUUGACUUCCUGAAGAGCCCUCAGUUCUUCCUAAGGGCAGCUGCACUCAACUUCAUAGGGUUCACGGUAAAGAGGCUAAACAUGAAACUCAUCCACCCCAAAGAUGUGCAGCUCUUGCGGAGUGUUCUAACAUCCCUCAACAAUGACCCUAUGGAAGAUAUCCCGAUUUUGGCCCAUAAUGUCCUGAAGGCCAUCGAAGACUCUCUUGCCUCGGGGUAUGCCUCUACUUCCAGGCUUACUCAGCUAAGCAGGCACUUCUUCAAAUGGUCCUGCCUGAAACACACAGAAAGAAAGAAGCGACUGUUUAAGACUGUCAAGCGGGAAAAGGCUGAGAGUGAUCAGAAAAGGACAGCCCCGACCUGGCUCCAGAGCCCUCUCGCCUCAUUGCGUAACUGGUACAAGUCACUGUAAAUCUUUAGAUCUGGGGACACCAGUCCUUGCAACUGUUGACCCAUAUGUUGAGCUCCGCCCCACGGCAUGUGCUCCCAUCUCCUGCCCCACUGGGACUACACUGGCUUAAACUCCAGGAAGCAUUUUAUUUAAAUAAAUGUGUCUAA